AUGAAGCCAUACCAAGAUUACAACACAGCGCCGCGACUUGAUGCGUUCAGUGACGCCGACUUUGCGGGCGACAGGGCUGACAAAAAGUCAAUGACGGGCGGGGUGCUCCUACGAGAUAGUAUGCCGGUAAGCUGGGGCGCGCGCAAGCAGGGUGACGUGUCGCUGUCGACGAUGGAGGCGGAUCUUGUGCCUCCAGCGAGAUCGCGCGGGAAAUGCUAG